UGGCUCAAGGCUUAGAGGCUGGCGCCGCAGGCUUUGCGUGUUUACCGAGCUCGGCGGAGUGCCACCGCUACGCCACCAGGCCGGCCAUGCCGCACCCCUACAAAUGGGAGAAGCUUAAUCAGGAUGCGGACCCAGAGCGCACGGUGACGCCGCGUGCGGGUCAUACGCUGACGCCCAGCGGCCCUGGGUUCAUCAUGUACGGAGGCAUGGACAGCAGAAGAAAUGACCAGGGCCAGUCCGCCCCGAACAGCGACCUUUUUGUGCUAAAGCUUGGCCAAAACCACACGUACAGGUGGGAAUCUAUCGAGUUGGAUGCCGCCUCACAGGUGCCCCCCGUGCGCACUUUGCACUCCGCGGUGAGCACCAGCUCCACCAGCAACGACGAGAUGUUCAUAUUUGGCGGUAUCCACUCCGCGAUGCCGUACCAGUGCUUGCAGGACGGCUGGAUACUGGACACCACAUGCAUGGAAUGGAAGAAGGUGCACUUCAAGUCGCAGCCCACGGGCAACAGGGGAGCCGCUUCGCGGAGGAUGACGGGCCUGAUCCAGGAUCGCAACACGGAGGAGUGGGGCGUUCGCAAGAAGGGUGGGUCCUCCGCCAAGCUGCGGGGAUCCAAAGCACGAGCGUCCAUGUCGCACAGCAGCUCAAGGGGAGGCGGUAUUGGUCGUGGGCCCAGUGGCGCCGCCAGCAGCAUCAGCUUCGCCUCGCUGGCUGGAGCUGCAACCCGUGCCGUUCACGAGAAGCGCGCGUCGUCCCGUGGCGGGUCUUUGGUCGGGCUGUCCGCGGUCAUGGGCGGGCCUGGUGGAGCGGGUGGCGGCUCGUCCAAGAAGUGGCGCGGGAUCUUGCAGAAGAAGAUGGGCAGCAUGCUCCAGGCGCCGCGCAGUGGCACCUCGGGCAUGAAGAUGCGGAAGGCAGGGGGAAUGACCAUGGGCGGCAACCUCAUGGCGACCAACGAGGAGCAGUUUCACGAAGAGCUCGUUGCUAUGGUGUCGCAGGCAGUGCGCGAUGAUUCGGGCCCUUCGAGUGACGUGUCCCUGCCCGCCCCUCGCUCCAACCACACCACAUGCCUGCACGAGAACGCCGUCGUUCUGUUCGGUGGGCACGGAGGCUUGGGCUACCAGCGCAAGGCGUUCAACGACACGUGGGUGCUGAACUUGGACAACGCGCGAUGGAAUGAGCUGAUGUGCCAGGGGACCCCUCCGCCGCCCCGCUCUGGGCACACUGCAUUCUGCAAGGACGGGUGCGUGUUCAUAUUCGGCGGAUGGAACCACGAGUCACAGUUCAACGACCUGUUCAUGCUGGACGUUGAGAACAAGGACUGGAGCGACCUCGACCUGCUGUGGGGCGUGCCCAGGUGGAACUGCUCCCUGCAGCUUGUCGAGGCCAUCCCGUCGUGGCGCGUCUUCGUCUUCGGCGGCACCGCCGACAUCGGCGGCGAGGGGAGGAGCGGUGGCUCCUUCGACAACAGGAUCGGGGUGCUCAACCUCGGCGAGAAUUACGAGUGGGAGGACCACCCGAUCGCGGCGGGCCCGGAAAACCCGCGGCCGGCUCCUCGAGAGCACUCGGCAAUCUGCUACGACCCAGAGGAGUCGCGCCUGAUCGUCUUCGGCGGCUGGUCCAACAAAUGGCUCGACGAUGUGUGGCAGAUCAACGUGUCGUCCAUCGUCGGCCCGCCCUACGCUAUACUGAAGGUGGACCCGCCGCUGGGCCCCGUCACGGGUCAGAUGAAGGUCAGGGUGUACGGCGUCGGUUUCCAGUCCACACACGGCAUGGUCAGCGUCGAGUUCGCCGCUGGCAAGUUCAGCGCGAGCACGCAGGGGAGCGUCCUCAGCGACGAAGUCAUCGAGUGCCUGACGCCUUGUGUCGCGAACAGCCUGGGCCCGAAGGAGUGCGUCGUCCGCGUGCAGAUCGGUGCACGCGACCUGACCACCACCACCACAACCUACGCUUUCUUCCUGAAUUCGAUCGCGGACAAGUCGCUGUGCUUCGGCCCUGGCGUCUUGCAGGAACAGCAGGCGAACCAGGAGACGCGCCUGAUCAUCCAGCUGCGCAACCAGCACGGCGCGAAUCGGACGACUGGGCGGGACGAGUUCGUUAUUAUUCUGCAGCAGAAAGUCCCGCUAGAGGACGGUAAGGAGACCAGGCGGGACUUGCCGUUCGAGCUACUGGAUAAGGACAACGGCCAGUACGAAAUCAAGUACAUCGCCGAAGAGGGCGACGUGGAAAUCCAUGUCAAGUUGCUGGACGAGAACGGCAAAGCACAGCCUAUUCGUGGUUCUCCCUUCAAGCCUUCCUUCACGUCGUCCGCCAGGAAUCGCGCGAACGAGUACUCUGGGCCCCUGGUUACCCAGUGGAUCACGGGCACCCUGAAGGGCCUGGAUGAGUUCUACCAGAACACCAACACUGGGUACCAGACGAAGAUCAAGGAGGGCGACGUCAUGGCCCUGAUCAAGGUGAUGAACCACAUCAAGGACAUGUACGAACAGGAGGAGACUCUGAUCCUGCGGCAGGACGAGGUCUUCGAGACAAUCGCGCAGUUAGAGAGGGAGGGGCUCCCAGGCGAGAAGCAGCUGAAGCAGCUGAAGAAGAUCGCCGCGAACCUAACGCAGCUGAAGGAGGACAUCAUCGCCAAACAGAAGGAGAUCCAGCCGACGGAGCAGAAGGAGAGCGAUCUAUACAGGAAGAAGAUCACCGAAUUCGAGGCCGAGCUGAAGACCUAUCAGUCGGGCUUGCGCAAGGAGGCUUAUUAUUUCUACAAGAGCGGCCUGGAGCUCGCGACCAGACGCUUGAACGACGUUACCGCCGAUUUAGACAGGCUCCAGUUGCGAACGGACGACCUCUCAUAUAUUGCCACCAAUUUCAACUAUCUUUCUGGCACGGUGGCGGGUUUGGACGCCCUGACCGGCUCCAAGAAGAUCUUGCAGGCGAUGCGCGAGGACGUCGCUAACAUGCGCUCGCUGUGGGAGUUCGAGCAGACCAGGAUUUCUACAACGGAAGAGUUUCUGGUCGUCAGGUGGGGCGUCGUGGUCGCGACGGAGAUGGAAGACGAGAUCAAGGCGCUCUUCAAGAGAUUGAAGGAAGUAAAGGUCGACCGCAAGUGCGACGCCUACCUCGGCGUCCAGGACGUUGUUAAGAAGUGGGUGACGUUCCUGCCGCUCGCAGGGGAGCUUCGCGACCCCGCGAUGCGGCCAAGGCAUUGGACGCAGCUCAUGGAGUUAUGCGGUAAAUCGAUCACGGUGACGCCCGACAUCCUGCUGCGCGACAUGUGGAAUUUGGAGUUGCACAAAUUCUCCGACGCUGUCGAGGACACGGCGGAUCAAGCGAAGCAGGAAUCGAAGAUGGAGGCCACGCUGAAGAAGAUCUCUGGCGAGUGGGCAGGUGUUGAAUUCGAUUUCGAGUCCCACAAAGGCAACGACGAGAUCAAGCUGAUGAAGAUCUCCGACGACAAGUUCGAAACCCUGGAGGAGCAUCAGGUUCAGGUCCAGAACAUGUUCGCAUCGCGCUUUUUGUCCACCUUUGAGACGGAGGUUGUGUUCUGGCAGAAGACCCUGGCCAACGUAGCCGAGGUCUCCCAGCUGCUGUCGGAGGUCCAGCGCUCGUGGGCCUUCCUCGAGAACCUGUUCAUCCACAGCGAGGAGGUAAAAAAGGAGCUGCCAGAAGACAGCGACAAGUUCGUUGGUAUCGACAUGGACGUCAAGGAGAUUCUGAAGCAGGGCAGCGAGAUGACGAUCUGCAAAGAAUUCUGCAACCAGGGCAACAUAUUCCAGCGACUGGAAAAGGCACAAACUCAGCUCUCCAUGUGCGAGAAAGCUCUGAACGAGUUCAUGGAUGGUAAGCGCAGGGCCUUCCCGCGUUUCUACUUCAUGUCGUCCGCCGACUUGUUGGAUGUCCUCAGCAACGGUAACUCGCCAGCGAAGGUGGUGCCCCAGUUCCCAAAGUUUUUCAUCGCGAUCGACAGCUACACGCUGGAGUUCCCCGACGGCGAAAAGGCCCGUCCAUCAGCAACGGGCAUGGUCGCUUGCGUCGGCAAGGAGUACGUGCCGUUCCCGGAGCCUCUGAAGCUGGAGGGAAAAGUAGAAGUAUACCUCGACAGGUGCAUCGACGCGUUCCGAAGUGCCCUCAAGUUCUUCGCCAAGGAUCUGCUCGGCACGUAUUUCAGCGAGGGCUGUGACAAUGACGGAGAGAAGCGCGGACAGUUCAUCGCCAAGAGCCAGGCUGCUCAGUGCGCACUGCUCGUGCAGCUGAUCACGUGGGUGCAGCUCGUGGAGACCGGUUUCCAGGCCGUGGCCGACGGUGACGCCAACGGUGUCAAGCACGCUUGGGACAAGCAGGCAGCGUUGCUACUCAAGUUGAUCGAACUCACGAUGACAAACCUGGACAAGCCGACGCGUCAGAAGGUGAUGUGCGCAAUCACUUUAGACGCGCACAACCGAGACGUCCAGGCGAAGCUCUACCAGGAGAGCGUCACCAGCAAGGACGCUUUUCAGUGGCAGAGCAUGUUGAAGUGCUAUUGGAGAGAGGAGCUUGACGACGCGAACAUGGAGAUCUGUGAUGCCAAGCUGCCCUAUGGGUACGAGUACCUGGGCAAUGGCCCUCGCCUUGUUGUGACACCUUUGACCGACCGUAUCUACGUCACUGCCACGCAGGCCCUCCACCUGUGCAUGGGCUGCGCUCCCGCAGGCCCAGCUGGCACUGGUAAGACAGAGAGUACCAAGGACUUGGCCAACGGUGUGGCCAAGGCCUGCUACGUCAUCAACGCAGCACCUGAGAUGGACUACGUCUCGAUCGGCAACAUCUUCAAAGGCCUCAGCGCCAGCGGGUCCUGGGGCUGCUUCGACGAGUUCAACCGCCUCGUGCCCGAGGUCCUCUCCGUGUGCACCGUCCAGUUCAAGUCCGUCUGCGACGCGGUGAAGUCGAAGGUGAAGCGCUUCGUGCUGCAGGGGGACGAGAUCAACCUCGACCCGGCUGUGGGCUGCUUCAUCACCAUGAACCCGGGCUACCUCGGCCGCUCCGAGCUGCCAGAGGGCCUGAAGGCGCUCUUCCGGCCCAUCACGGUCAUGGUUCCGGACUUCCAGCUCAUCAUCGAGAACAUGUUCAUGGGAGAGGGCUUCACGGAAGCGCCAGCCCUCGGCCUCAAGUUCGCAACUCUAUACGCGCUGAACAAGGAUCUCCUCUCGCAGUCGAAGAAGUAUGACUGGGGCAUGCGCGCCAUCAAGAGCGUGCUAGUCGUGGCGGGCUCCUUCAAACGAGCAGACCCUUCGCUCUCUGAGCAGGCGGUGCUGAUGCGGUCUCUGCGGGACACAAACGUCGCCAAAAUCGAAGGCGACGAUCUGAAGGUCUUCAUGGGUUUGUUGGCUGAUCUUUUCCCUGGCAUCGACGUUCCGCGCGCCCGUGAUUACGACAUGGAGCAAACAUUGAUCGAAGUCAUGGAGAACGAUUUCGGGUACACACACGAUCCAGAAGAGUAUCUGCUCCUCAAGAUCACACAGCUGAUCGAACUUUUGGGCAUUCGCCACUGUGUCUUCCUCAUGGGCAACCCUGGCAGCUUCAAGUCGGCGAUGUGGAAAAUCCUCAAGCAGGCCAAGACCAAGCGCGGGGAGAAGACGACCACCGUGGAUUUCAGUCCAAAGGCCAUCAGCACGAAUGAGCUUUACGGAUUCGUCAACAUGGCGACCCGUGAAUGGAAAGAUGGAAUUAUCUCGAAGGUGAUGCGCGAGCUUGGACAGGUACCAGACACGCAUCCGAAGUGGAUCCUACUCGACGGAGACCUGGACGCAAAUUGGAUCGAGUCAAUGAACAGCGUCAUGGACGACAACAGGCUGCUCACGCUGCCUUCAAACGAGCGAAUCCCGCUGAAGGCGCACAUGAAGAUGAUAUUCGAGAUCCGUGACCUCAACUACGCCACGCCGGCAACUGCUACGAGGGCGGGUAUUGUGUGCAUGAGCGAUGUUGAAGGCGUACAGUGGCGAUCUUACGUGACGAGCUGGGUCAAGAAGCAGGAGUAUCCAGACCAAGUGAAAGAGGCGAUCCAGAAGCUGUUCGACAAGUAUGGGAAGGACACUCUGCUGUGGAUUCUGAAGAACACCAAGAUCCAGGUUCCCAUGGUCGACAUCAAUAUGAUAUCAUCCUGCUGUAGUUUCUUGCAGAAUCUCAUCACGCCCGACAAGUUCGAGGUGCUCGAGUACUGGUUUAUAUUCUGCUUUACGUCUGCCGUAGGGCUUUGCCUAUCUGAAGUGGACGGCGUCGAUUACAGGAAGGCCUUCAGCAAUUGGUGGAAAGGGGAGAUGAAGACAAUCAAGUACCCAGCGAAGGGAACAAUUUUCGAUUAUUUCGUGAAGGAGUCGAAGCUCGAGGAGUGGAUCACCGCCGUGGAAGAGAUCGAAUACAGCAGCGAGACGCCUAUGGGUGAGGUCACGGUGCCCACCAGCGAGACGGUGGCCAUGACUUAUUUGAUGAAGGCUCUUAUCAACACGCAUCACCCGGUCAUGCUCAUUGGCCUCGCUGGCUGCGGAAAGACCCAGUCUUGCUUGGGUCUGCUAAAGACCCUGCCGCCAGAUGAGUUCAUGUAUUACUCCAUGAACAUGAGCUACUAUACGGAUUCCACCUUGUUGCAGACGCUGAUGGAAAAUCCGUUGGAGAAGAAGGCGGGGAAGCUUUAUGCACCCCCUGGCAAGCUCAAUAUGGUUUACUUUGUUGACGAUCUCAACAUGCCUGCUUUGGACAAGUACAACACGCAGAGCGCGAUCGAGCUGAUGAAGGAGAAGCAGGACUACAAUCACUGGUGGGACCGAGCCAAGAUCCAAGUUAAGGACAUCGGGAACACGCAGUACAUGUGCUGCAUGAACCCAACUGCGGGCUCGUUCAUCGUUAACCCCAGGCUCCAGCGCCACUUCUGGACUUGCGCAGUGCCCUUCCCAGAGCAGGCCGCUCUGCGCACCAUCUACUCGACCUUCAUGAAGGGCCAUUUCGAACGUCUCUCUUUCAAGUCGUCGGUCCAAGACUGCAUAUCGAACAUCAUCGUGGCGGCGCUGCAGCUGCACACCAACGUGGUGGCGUCUUUCAGGAAGACUGCCGCCAACUUUCAUUACGAGUUCAACAUCCGGCACAUGAGCGGCGUCUUCAACGGUCUGCUCGCAGCCAAGCCGUCCGAAUUCGACAAGGACGAGAAGAUGACAAAGCUUUGGCUUCACGAGAGCGAGCGUGUCUAUGGCGACAGACUAGUAUCCACAUCGGACCUCAAGAAGUAUCGCUCUCUCGCUGCAGAUCUCUGCAAGCGCAUGUUCGGAAAGUUCAAUUUCGCGAAGUAUUUCCAAGAGAAGAAUCCCGACCCUUUGGUGUUCGCGCCUUUCUCCAAGGGCAUCAGCGAGAUGGACGGGGGCGGAACUUACGACCAGAUCAAUGGCUUCGACAAGCUGAGCGAGCUGCUCAUGGCCGCCCUCAACGAGUACAACGAAAACAACGCGGCUAUGGACCUCGUGCUGUUCGGCGACGCGCUCUGCCACGUGAGCAAGAUCUGCCGCAUCCUCAUGAGCACGCCUGGGCACCCGCUGCUCGUGGGGGUCGGAGGCAGCGGCCGCCAGAGUCUUUCGCGGCUCUCUGCAUACACGUGCCAGUACAUAACGAUGAUGAUCGUCAUCAGUGGCAACUACGGCAUCAAUGACCUGAAGACUGACCUCCAGGCAAUGUACAACAAGGCUGGCGUCAAGGACGAGGGCGUGAUGUUCUUGUUCACUGACGGGCAGAUUACCAACGAGAAGUUCCUCGUCUUCAUCAACGACCUUUUAGCCUCGGGCGACAUCGCCGACCUGUACGCCGUCGACGAGAAGGACGCCAUUCGCAACGCGGUACGCAGCGGCUGCAAGGGUGCAGGCAUCCAGGACACACCCGAGAACCUUUGGACCUUCUUCAUUGGAAGGAUCCGCAAGAAUCUCCACAUGUCGCUCUGCUUCAGCCCCGUCGGCGACGACAUGCGCAAUCGAGCGCGCAAGUUCCCAGCGCUUGUGAACUGUACCGUUAUCGACUGGUUCCAGCCGUGGCCGAUGGAAGCGCUCUUCAAUGUGGGCGAAAAGAUCUUGGCCCCGAUUGAGCAGCUGGGGCCGCAGGAUAGCUCAGUGAGAGCGGGAAUUGUAGAGUUCUUGCCGUUCAGCUUCGAGUGCUCUGAUAAGGAGGCUGAGAUGUUCAUGGAGAACGAGAAGCGGUUCGCAUACACUACGCCGAAGAGCUUCCUUGAGCUCAUCAAGUUGUACACCACCAUGGUAGGACAGAAGGUGGACGCUCUGGAGGAUCAGAAGGACCGCCUGACCAACGGCCUGGAGAAGUUGCGCAAGACGCAGUCAGACGUAGCAGGUCUCGAGGAGGAGCUGAAGGUGAAGGCGGUCGUGGUGGCGGAGAAGGCCCAGGCGGCCGACAUAUUCGCCGAAGAGGUGGGCAGGGAGAAGGCCAACGUACAGGCCGAGUCAGAGAAGGCCGGCGUCGAGGAGAGGGAUUGCGCCAAGAUCGCCAAGGACGUGUCCCAGCAGCAGGCCUCCUGCGAGGAGGACCUGGCCAAGGCAGUUCCGCUCGUCAAAGAGGCCGAGGCUGCCCUCGACAUCCUCGACAAGAAGGAGUUCCAGGUCCUGAAGACCUUCACGGCGCCCCCGGGAGGUGUUGGGGAGGUCUGCGAGGCUGCAAUGCACCUGCAGGCCGGCAUCGACCCGAACAUCGAUGUCGACAAGAAGGGCGCCCUGAAGGAUGGCUCCUGGAAGGCGGCGGUGAAGAUGAUGGGCAAUCCAGAGAAGUUCCUGCAGAAUCUGAAGGAGUACAAGUUCCAGAUCGAUGAAGGAAAGGUGCCCCAAGCCAAUAUCGAGAAGGCGAGGAAAAUCCAGAUUGCCCUUGGCGACCAAUUCACGUAUGACGCCAUGAUGAAGAAGUCGAGCGCAGCGGCAGGUCUCUGCGCCUUCAUCAUCAACAUCAUCAUGUACUACGAUGUGGUGAUUCAGGUGGAGCCAAAGCGCCAGGCCCUGCGGGAAGCGACCGAGACGCUGAAUAACGCCAACACGAGGCUCGCCGAGGUCAAGGCCCUCGUGGCACAGCUGGAGGCUAAGUUGGCGAAGUUGAUGGCCGAGUUCGACAAGGCCAUGGCCGAGAAGAAUGCUGUGAUGGCCGAGGCGCAGAAGUGCCAGACCAAGCUCGACAUGGCGCAGCGUCUCGUGGGCGCCCUCAGCGCCAACGGUGUCAUCUGGGAGCAGACCGUCGACCGCACUGCGGAGGAGUUGGUGUUCAUCCCUGGUGACACUUUGGUUGCAUGCUCCUUCGCGUCCUACGUCGGCGUCUUCACGCGCUCUUACCGCGAGUCUUGCGUUCAGAAGUACGUCGACUUCCUGCGCUCGAAGAGUGUGCCCUUGGGCCCGAAGCCCGAUCCUCUCAGCAUCCUGGCGACGGACGCCCAAAUGGCUGGCUGGGCCUCGCACGGACUCCCGUCCGACCGUGUGUCCUGUGAGAACGGCGCCAUUGUCACGAAUUCGCAGCGGUGGUGCCUGAUGAUCGACCCGCAGCUACAAGGAAUCGUGUGGAUCAAGAAGAAAGAAGAGGACAACCAGCUGCAGAUCACCCGCAUGGGCCACUCGAAAAUGCUCAACACGUUUGAGGUGGCCCUUGACCAGGGCAAGUCCGUUCUGAUUGAGAAUAUGGGCCAGACGAUCGACGCAGUACUGAUGCCAAUUGUUUCCCGGAACACCAUCAAGCGUGGGAACAAGAAGGUCGUGAAGCUAGGCGAUAAGGAGAUCAUUUUGAAGGACCAGUUCAAGCUCUUCAUGCAGACGAAGCUGUCCAACCCGCACUACCCUCCAGAGAUUCAGGCAGAGACCACGGUGAUCAACUUCACCGUCACCGAGGACGGCCUGGAGGACCAGAUCCUCUUCUUGGUCGUGAGGCUUGAGCGCCCCGACCUGGCCAAGAAGAAGACCUUGCUGAUCCAGCAGCAGAACGAGUUCAAGGUCACACUGGCCAACCUGGAGGCCCUCCUGCUGGACAAGCUUGCCAAAGCCGAGGGCGACAUACUUGACGACACGGAGCUCAUUCUCAGUUUGGAGGAGGCAAAGAAGACCUCGGACGAAGUCAAGGAGAAGGUCGUCGUUGCAGUCGAGACUGAGGCCAAGAUCAAUGAGACCUCGGAACUGUACCGCCCCACUGGCAUCCGGGGCUCCCUGCUUUUCUUCUUGCUUGGCGACCUGUGCAAGAUGCACACGUUCUACAAGUACUCCCUUGACUCCUUCGUGAUGGUGCUUACGCGCGCGGUGAACAGCAUUACAUUGCGGAAGCCGAAAGUGAUAGAGCCUCCGAAGGAGGAGAAGGAAAAGGCCGAGGGCGACGAGGAGGAAGCAGAGGAGCAGGAAGAGGAAGAUGAGGAAGAAGACAAGGGCGAUGACGAAGAGGAGGAAGAGGAGAUCAUCGAACUCUCUGGCAAGGAGCUGAACGAUCGAGUGCAACUUCUGGAGAGCACCAUGACGUACGCCGUGUUCUCCUUCACGCGGCGAGGCCUCCUGGACGUUGACAAGAUUAUAAUUUCGACGAUGGUGGCAAUGAGGAUUCUAGUGAAGGGAAAGAAGAUAACCCGGGAAGAGUCCAAUAUGCUCAUCCGUGCGCCGCCGGAUCCCAACGCGGGGGUCAUGCCAGACAACGCGAAGACCUGGCUCACGGAGACGCAGUGGGCACAGCUGAAGUCCCUGGAGGGCAUGGAGGCCUUCAAGAAGGGGGGCAAGCUCACGGAGUCGGUGGAGCAGGACUCCUUGGGUUGGAAGCGUUGGUUCGGAGAGGAGCGCCCUGAGACCGCGGACCUGCCCAGGAGCGCCCGCGACCUAUCGCCGUUCCACCGGCUCUUCCUCCUCCGGACGCUGCGCCAGGACAGGAUCGGGGAGGCGCUGAAGCAGUUCAUCCUCGACAACCUGGGACAGGACUACGUCGAGCAGGCGCCGUUCGACAUGGAGGCCGCGCUGGAGGAGUCGACUUGCAUCACGCCGUUCUUCUUCGUGCUGUUCCCAGGCGUCGACCCCACGCCCACCAUCGAGCAGCUCGGCAAGAAGAUGGGCAAGACAGAGGCAAAUGGCAUGCUCGUCAACAUCUCCAUGGGGCAGGGACAGGAGCAGAUCGCCCUGAACGCCCUUACCAAGGCCGCCAAGGAAGGCGGCUGGAUCAUGCUGCAGAAUAUCCACCUCAUGCAGGCUUGGCUGAAGCACUUGGAGCGCGCGCUCGAGGUCAUCGAAGAGUUCUCGCACGAGUCUUUCCGCUGUUUCCUGACCUCGGAGCCGCCAUCAGCGUUGCAGGGCCGCCUUUGGGAAUUGAUCCCGGAGCCGAUCUUGCAGCGGUGUAUCAAAAUUGCCGACGAAGCGCCUUCUGAUCUGAAGUCCAAUCUGCGCAGGGCCUAUUCGAAGUUCAGCCAGGAGAGCAUCGACGCUUGCCUGAAGCCCAAAGAGUUCAAGGCCACGCUGUUCGCCCUGUGCUUCUUUCACUCGCUCAUCUCUGGUCGCAUCAAGUUCGGGGCGCAGGGCUGGUCCAAGAAGUACCCGUUCAACGACGGUGACCUCACGAUCUGUGGCCAGGUGCUCAAAAACUAUUUGAACAAUUCAGAGAAUCUGGGCACGGAGGUGCCUUGGCCAGACCUGCGCUACAUCUUCGGCCAGAUCAUGUACGGAGGCCACAUUACCGACCCAUGGGACCGCCGCGUCAAUAAUACAUACCUGGAUGUUCUGGUCACCCCAGAGCUACUGGCGGGUGUAAACCUGUGUCCGAAUUUCAAGUCCCCAGACGCAUCGAAGCUGGAUUACCACCACUACGCGAAGUACAUCGAGGAGCGUUUCCCGCCCGAGGUACCAAUGAUGUACUGGCUGCAUCCUAAUGCAGAGAUCGGCUUCCUGACCAACCAGGGCAUUGGCAUUUUCGAAACCAUCUCGGCGGUGACGGGGGGCGGCGGUGGCGGAGGCGGCGCAGACAUCUCCGCAGCGGGGCCGAUCAUCACCAGCUACAUGGGCCAGUUGCCUAGCAACCUGGACAUGAUCGAAAUCCGCAGCAGAUUGAAGCCCGAAGAUUUCACACCGUUUGUCAUUGUGUCGCUCCAGGAGGCAGACCGCAUGAACUUGCUGCUGAGCCACAUGCGUUUCUCGAUGAUUGAUCUUGAGAAGGGCAUCGGCGGGCUGCAGAAUAUCACGGAACACAUGGAGUCCUUGUCUGAAGAUUUGCAAAUGAACAAGGUAAAUUCGCUUUGGUCGGAGAAGGCGUACCCUUCGUUGAAGGCGCUGUCUGCGUGGUUUGCUGAUCUGCUCGAGCGCGUCAGCCAGAUUGUGGAGUGGACCUCGAAGGCAACGCUUCUGAAGUCGAUCUGGCUUGGCGGCCUCUUCAACUCAAUGGCGUUCCUCACCUCGAACAUGCAAGUGGCCGCGCGCGCAAACAAAUUGCCCCUGGACUUCAUGAGGAACCGCUGCCGCUUCUACAACACGCGCGACUUGGCCGAGAUUACCGGCGUCCCCGCGCAGGGCGUGAAUGUCCACGGCCUGUUCAUGGAGGGUGCCGGCUGGGAGGAUGGCAAGGGCGAGGACGAGGGAUACAUCACAGACAGCAAGAUGAAGGAUUUGCACCCGCUGAUGCCGAUCUGCAACGUCUUCGCGGUGCACAUCGACGAGAUGAGUUGGGCCGCGAUGUACCACUGCCCUGUCUUCUCCACCACCCUGCGCGGAGCUACCUAUAUCUUCCAGGCGAACGUCCGCAUGGACCCAGACGACUCGGAGACUCGCUGGAUCCUUGCGGGCGCGGCGCUGCUCACACAGGACGAUUGAGCAGGUUCCUGACACAAGGCCCGGGCUCAUCAGAGCUCAGGCAGUCUCACCUCUGUCUUGCGGACGCCGCGGUGUUCAGAACUCCUUUUGGGGCGGCCUGCACCGCCGUAUUUACACACGGUGCGGGGUGUUCGCAGGACUUGCAUGCUUUUCUUCACGGGGGACCUAAAAGCAAAUCUCCCGUGCUGCGCCAUCACCAGCGGGCCUUCGGAUUGACGGUCUCAGGCAGCUUUCGUCGCUGCUGCAGCGGCCGCUGCCAGAUCCAGAAUUUGUGCGCGGAUUUUGCCCGCCCCCGCGUCUUCGUCGUGUUAGUUUCCAGCGAUGGGGCGUAAAGGGGCGGGGUCUUUGGCGUCUCCCGCCAGUCAGACCCUCUCCUUGAUUGUUUUUUAUGUGAAGACAAGGAGCUGACGGUAAAAUCAUUGGCUGUCAGAUGUGCGUGAUGUUGAAAACCUGACGUGACCACGUCCCGACAUCUUCAGACCGGGGGCAGCUAGGCAGAUGGCAAGAACGUUGAUGCAGCUCAGAAGCACAGCAGAGCUUGUGAGCCAAG